AUGGCCGGGAGAAACAGAAAUUCAAAAGAUCAAAAUAAGGAAGCGUUGUCAAGUGCAAUUGAUCCGGUUUUUGGUCAAGCUAAAGCCUUUAAUAUAAAUGAUCCAGAAGUCAAUCCAUUAGUCAAGAGCUAUCUUUCGGAAGUAAGAAACGAAGCUCUUCACACAAAUGCUAUAAGCCACCAGAUCGGCCAAGUUUCUAAAAAUACUUUUGACGCUAAUAUCUAUGAUGAUGAAGAUGAUUCAACUAGCAUUCCUUCUGACACCAAGGUUAAAAGUGAUCAAAUAACUGAGUACUUGUACAGCAUAGAAAACUGGUAUAAAUGGUUUGAAAACAUCAGUGAUAUUAUUUGGCAUGGGUGCUAUGUUUUUGAAGGUUAUGAUGAUGAAUCUAUAUCCCACUUAACACAGCUUUUGCGAUUCUACUUACAAAAAAAGAUUGACGAGAAUAGGGCAUCUAGCUUUGACCGCCAUUUGGUGAAUAUAUUUCGAGAUCAGCUUAAAUGUAGUGAUCCCGAUCCAGUGAACGGAACUUUAGAAAUAGACGAGGACUGGGCUGAGAAUCUGUUAAAAACAAUGAGAAAUAGCAAGAUCAAGGAUUUGAACACCGUGAAAUAUUGUAUAAGAACAGAUUACAAGAGGGCACCUCAUGGUUUAAAACCAUGGGCAAAAUACGUUACUUCAAAUCAACCUACCCAUACUGCAUUUAUUAAUAUGAUAGAUAGUUCAAAUUUGUGGACACUUGUUAUGUACAUGACCCAAAUUUGGUUAAAAGAGAUCUAUACUUUCGGGAAGAAUCUUGAGAGAAAGAAAAUGUUAUCCCAAUGGCUUUUAUACAUCCUAUUGCAUAUUCCAACUAGAUUAACUGCGGAGCAGAUGAGCAAUAUCCGAUCAUUAGCUAAACAAGCAAGAGAGAUUUUGAACAGAAGAGUGAAUAGUAAUAUAUUUGGAACUACAAAUAUUGUUAUUCCAGAUGAACUACACGAGCACAAUUGCCCUCCUUGCCCGCCAAAUUUGGAUAUUGCAUCGUUAAUUUUAGCCGUUGUGACAAGAAAAUAUGGUCAACACGAUAUUUUGGAGUUUUAA